AUGUGCGGAAUACUCUCCCUCCCAUAUAGAGAAUCCGCAACAGGAGUUCUACAGAACAGCCAGCUCACGAUACACUGUUCAGGCAUUCGCAAAAAGCACAAAAACCCAGCCACAGCCAAGAUGCUGUCCCUGGAGCUUCUGAAAGCUUUCCUCCGCGAGUAUAUCGUCGACCACUCAGUCGCAGUCUCUGAUAACCACCACCGCGAACAAGAACAGACUCUCACAUCCAACCCCUCAGAGCAUGCUACCAGCACUGUCACAACCACUGAAUAUGAACCAUCUAAAUCAGCUGUGAACAAAAGAAAAACACCCCCAACAACCACUCCCUUGACGGCCGCGCAGCAAAAGAGCCUGAAACAGGAACUCCGACUCCAAUCCAAACGCCGCAAAGUCGCCAACCACAAAGUCUACCACCACCAGCUCGAGGAUGGCUUUUACGGCGACCUCAUCGCCCUGCAUUACGAAGACGCAAUCGCAACUGCACAGCAUGCACACACCCUCCCCCUAACCGAGGGCAAGUAUCACUUCCACAAUUUCUGGGUCGACGCAAGCGGGUGCCAAGGCUCCGCCGGCGCGGCGAUUGCAUACAAGGACCCCCAGGACGGUGAGGAGUGGAGGGACUUGGGGUAUGCGAUCUCAGACCUUAAGGGUGAGAAGCGGGUGGACAUGUCAGAGCUGUUUGCCAUUGGGGCGGCGUUGAAACUUGCACUGGCACGGAUCGGGAAAAGGGUCGCUGUUGCGGAGGGUGUGGAGGAGCAUGCGGUUACGGUGUUUUCGGAUUCAAUGUCUGCGUUGGGAAUGAUUCGGCGGUGGGCGAACUGGUGGUCCCAGGGUGAGGUUGAUAGGUCUGCGUUUGGGGCGAUCGCGAAGGAUGUUUGUGGGCUUUCGAGGCAGCUGUUUGAUCUGGGGGUUAAGGUGAGGGUUUAUUGGGUGCCGGCGCAUUGUGGAGUUUGUAUUGCUGGGCAUAAGCGGGCUGAUGUGCUGUCUAAGGCGGCGGCAAGAUAUGUUAAAUUGCUCGAACAGCGGGAUGCGAUGUUUAGUGCUGAUGGAGUUCAGUUGGUUGAUUCGGGGUUCUUGAAGACUCUUCAUCUGCUUGCUGAUGAGUGCGAUCUUGUGUGA